AUGGGAAUAGAGCGUCCUCAUUUUUCGACGCUCAAUUUGGCUCGUUCAUCAGACUCGAGUACGCCAUCCACACCCAAGUCAUCUUAUAUCGCCAAUUUGCCACCGGAGUCUCCUACCUCCCCUCUUGCUCCCAGGUCACCCUCUCCCGCUGGUCGAAAUUCACAAACACCCAGUACAUCACGCCCACCCUCUCAGCUUCGGAUUCGUGAUUCUCGUCCACCUUACCUGCCCUUUCGCCGAAUAUCCCUCCCCUCAGCACCAGCACAGAAGCGGGACAGCGUAGCAAGCAUAUUCAGUGUCGACUCGGUCAAGGAGCACGAUGAAAAUGAGAGUCCAUCCCAACCAAACGGUCAGGCUAGUGCCAGUUUGCCAACCGACUCCAGUCUACCGGAUUUGGGUCUCCCUCUUCCUCCUCCAAUUCCAGCAUCUAGGACUCCCCUCAGCUCCUCUCCAUCUCGCCGCGUAGUUAUAAUUGCACCACCAGCUGCGAGUAAUGUUCCUUCGACACCAAGCCGAGUACGUCCCAGACCGAUAUCUGCUCAAAGCUUGGCAAAAGGCUCGAAUCAUAGUCCGGGAAGACUCAUUCAUCCGGGAUCCAAGUCCAGGAGAACAUUACUUUCGAAGCCCUUGGCUGAGGAGAAGGUUAGAGAACGGGAGGAAAAACGACGUCGGAUAGCCAAGGAACUGCUGGAUACGGAACAAUCGUAUGUAGACGGGCUGGACCUUGUUUACAAUCAUUUCUUGGCACCGCUCAUCGAAUCUCUUGCAACGGCUCCCCAUCCACUCGUAACACCAGCCGACCUGGGCGUAAUUUUCCCCGGAUUCAUCGACAUAUUGAAUUUUAAUCGCUCUUUUCUCUCAGAACUCCGUUCUAUCUUGACCCCACUUCUAGUGACUCGCUCUGUACCGAUCCCAAUCCCAGGCUCUAAUCCUUCAUCAACAUCACUUAUCAGCCAACAACAACCAGUUCCUAUUUCUAGCGCUUCAUCACGCCCAAGCCUUCCGAAUGAGGCAGGGACCUUUAUUCCGCACGAGCCAUCUACUUCUUGGAAUUCCCGCCUUCAUCUCACUUCUGAAUCUCAAGCUUCCCUCCAGCUCGCGGCAUCUGCUAUUGGUUUCCCGCUUGACGAUUCGUCUUCUAUACAUGCGAGGGGAGCUUCGACAGCCUCUGAGAACACGGAGCCCACACUUCUGCCGAGCCUUGUCACUGUCCUUGCGCAACAUGUACCCUAUCUUCGACUUUACAAGCCUUUUGUGACCGGCUUCCCAGCAAGCAUGGAAAGGCUGGCCAAAUUGAGUGCAAAUGAAUCAUUCCGAAUCUGGUUGAAGGAGAGAGAGAAGGAUCCUGCUUGUGGAAUGCUCGGUCUUCGAAGCUGGCUGCUGAGCAUUGUACAGCGAUGUCCAAGGUACUUGCUACUCGUCAAGGACUUGGAAAAGUCUAGCGAUGAGGCCGACGAAGGUUACAAAGAACUUUCUUCUGUACUCGCCCUUCUUACCAAGAUCACCAAUGCGCUUAAUACUUCUCUUGCCGAUCAUACUGCGGUGCUAGCACUACUCGACUUGCAGCGCAGCACAUCAAGUCUUCCUCCAGGAUUCUCAUUUGUUGCACCGGGCCGCUCAUUAAUCCGGCGUGGUCGCCUACGAAUGUCGGGCCAAGAGGUUAGCCAAGGGGGUGUCAUGAGGCGGGUGGCAGGCACUGAGAGCGAGCGGGAACUCCUACUUUUCUCGGACUGCGUGGUUUGGCUGGAGAGGGAACUAGAGUGGGGUUUGGUUAGUGCUUCCAGUGCUGCUGGAUGGGCGAGCGCGGCAAGCGGGAAUAAAUCCGGUGAUUCGGCGGGUAGUGGAAAGCCCGGAGGAGCGGUGCGACAUAGUGCAGUUGGCCCUAUAGGUCUUGGGAAGCCGAGUCAAGCCUUGAAAAGGCCUUCGAUGGGUCGAACGAGGAGUAAGAGCGAGGCGGAACUGCCGACCCUCAAGAGCCAGAAUAUGGGGCUUGGGAUGACACCAGAGACCAUGAGGUCUACUUCGGGAUCUAGCAGUGCGUUUGUGACCCGAGAGACACCUGCAAAACGAGAAUCUCCACCGAAACGCCCGCCUCCGAAACCCCUGACCACGAUGGAAGGCAGUAUCUCCAGCGAAGAGCGCUGGCGCUUCCGAGGGGUGGCUAAUCUCAUGGAUGUCGAAGUCGUUGUUUCUCCGAGGAAUGCAAUGCAGAUCGAUUUCUUGAGCCCAGAGGGAAGUUUCGCGCUGUAUGCUUCGACAUAUGAUGAACGAGAAGAGUGGAUUAAUGCCAUUCGAUCUUCAAAAGCCACACUCUUGGCGACUUUCAAUAUAACUCACCCCGAUUCUACAUUGACAAGCUCAAGUUCGACGACGCACCUACGAAGGGUACUCCAAGCACUACCGUAUCCUCCCGGAGAAGCGACGAUCCGAGGAGCUCGAGAACCCGGCCCGCCUCGGAGGAGUAUACUCGGAGGAAGAAGUCGGCAUCGUCAACGUGAGCCAGUAGUGGUCGAAGAUAACGAGGAUGCCGAUACAGAGAAUUCGCAGCCCGGUCGAACUGCAUUUGCCAAGCAAAGCAGGAGCGAGAAGCAAAAGGAGCGCCGGGGUCGGGUCGAGCAUUACGUUCCUCCCAUAUGGGUUCCCGACCGGGAGGCCGAUGCGUGCAUGCGCUGUCAGGCUGCGUUUGGCUGGAGAAGGAGACGGCAUCAUUGUCGGAUUUGUGGCAGGGUUGUAUGCGCCUCUUGCUCUUCGAAGAACUUUUUCGUUAUGGAUCCGUCAAAACCCGAUGCCUCCAAGUCUCGCAAACCAGAGCGAGCAUGCACAUUAUGUUACGAGGCGGUGUUUCCUGUUAUACAUUCCUCGACGGACUCGAUUAACAAUAGUGCUGAGCGUGGGGGCACGAUCAUGGCGCUACGUCAAUCUCCCGCCCGCCCACGCAUACUCGAACAUUUGGUUUCAACUUCGCCCAUAACUACUCCAGCCAUUGAACGACCGAUGAACGGCGCACUCGAGGCAUCACCUUCAAGCCCUACCAUGUUGACCCCUUCGUCAGUCACACCUUCUGGAGCAACGGAAUUAAGUUCCGCAAGUUCUAAAUCGGGAGCAAGAUCUGGCGCCAAGCCUGCACAAAUCACGAGUUCGACGACCGAGCGCACCAUCAGGUCCCUGGAUAGUCAACGCACCGUUCAGCCUCACGUAUCGAUGGCCAGUGACCUCUCAUCUAUGACUUCAGCCUCUCAAUCUCCAUCUCGACCACGGUCACUGGAUGUCGGCAGACGGUUUGCAGCGGCUUCAGCAUUUGUCCAUACCGCCGGGGUGACGGCAAGGUCCAAGGUGAUUGGAAAGGGCAAGGGCAGACGGGUGUCGUUAAGGGCUGGCGCCCGAGAGAGGGAGAAUACUGUGCCUUCUAUACCCUCUCCUAAUCGCCAGGAUUCGAUCGCAACUUUGGGGCGCGGCGCGGCGGCGCAACAGUUGAAUGAACUUUUGGGAAGAAGCCCUCAUUGA